GUCCAUGGCGCCGCUGCGCUGACAGGGCCGGGAGCAGCCUGCCUUCCGCCCUCGCCAGCUCAGCGUCCGAGUAACCGGUCCUUCCCCGGGGAGCCAGUUCCUCCCCGGGCCGCCGAGCCAUGCCCAUCGCGACCGUCCGGGACGAGCCAGGCAUAAAUUAAUUAUUGGAAACUGCUAAAUAAUGGAGCCAGACAUCAUUCGAAUGUAUUCUUCAUCUCCCCCACCACUAGACAAUGGAGCAGAGGAUGACGAUGAGGACGAAUUUGGGGAAUUUGGUGGAUUUUCAGAAGUCAGCCCUUCUGGUGUAGGCUUUGUUGAUUUUGAUACACCAGAUUAUACUCGUCCUAAGGAAAACUUUGUACCUUCAAACCAUUUUAUGCCAAUUCAUGAUUAUUCAGAAAAUGUAGAUAGCCUUACAAGCUUUAAGUCCAUUAAAAAUGGUAAUGAUAAGGAUAUCACUGCUGAACUUUGUACUCCUGUGAAAAAUCAAUCUGAUGUUGUACUUUCUACCACCAGCAAAGAGAUGAUUCCAUCUAAAACUUCAGAUCCUUCCAUCGAUGGCAUGGAAAGCCCGGGGGAUUUAAAUAAAGUUGUGGUGCAGGGACCAAACACUGGACAGCCCAGAAGUUUCUCUCCAGGAGAUUUUAGAACUGAUCCUAACAUUGUUCAUCAAACCAAGCAGUUAGAGAGCUGCAACGGUGAAAAGCCUCCUUGUCUGGAAAUUCUAACAAAUGGGUUUGCAGGUUUAGAAACUGUAAAUCCUCAGGAAACAGAUGACCUGGACAGUGUGGCUGAUUCAGAGGGAUUGAAGCCUCUUAGCACUUGUGACACUGAGUGUGGUUUAGAUUCUACAGCUAGUCCUGCUAAGGAAUUUGCAGAUUUUGCUGCAUUUUCCCAAACAGAAAGGAUACAACCAGAAGAAAUAGAAUGUGCAGUUGUAAAUGAUGGUGUUGCACAGAGCAUUCAGGAAAACAGCAGAAUCAACAGAGUCAGUGAACUAAAUUCCUUGAAGGGUAUGUCUUUGGGUAGAAGCUUUGAGGAUAAAGGAGUUACUGAUGGAGAACAUGUUUCAGAAGUGCAUGUAAUAAUUGACAGAGGUUUCAGUGUUGACAAACAAGACCUUCAAACACUGCAAAAGAAUGAAUUUUUAAAUUCAAGAAUUCAAUCUGAGACUUGGAGUUUGGUAGACUCAACAGAAAAUUCAGACACCAUUAGGAGGGACCAGUGUAAAACUGAGGAAAAUGAUUUAUUUGCUUCUAAAUGUGCUGACCUGUGCAUGGAGUCUAUUAAAACUUCUGAUGCUAAUGAAGUUGAUUCUUCCAAAGAAAGAAAUAGAAAACUUACUAAUUCGGAAAGCCCAAACCUUGAUCCCACAGAAGAAAAUGUUUUGGAUGAUUCGGCUGCAAGCAUAAAAAGUGCUGACAGUGGUAACGGCUUUGUAACUUGCCACAAUACCACUGAGGAUGAUUUUGGUGACUUUGGUACAGCCAGUGGCACCACUCCACCUUUUGUUGCCAGUACUCAAGAUUCAAUGAGUGAUGCAGCUUUUGAAGAGUCCUCGGAGCAUUUUCUACAUUUUAGUGAACCAGGUGAUGAUUUUGGAGAAUUUGAGGAUACAAAUGCUGUUUCUUGCCAAGAGGAAAUGAUAUUUACUGAGUCCAACCUAAAACAGACCUCUGGUAGUUUAUCAGAGGAAGAUCAGUUGGCAGGAAAGUCUACUGGGAAAGACAGUGGACCUGACUCAAAACUGGAAAAUGGUCAGGACAGUGAAUUUGGAGAUUUUGAUUCUGUGCCAAAUACUCAAGACAGCAGUAGUGCUUUUCAAGACUCAGAUGAUUUUGCAGACUUCAGUUCAGCUGGCCCUAGUCAAGCUGUGGAUUGGAAUGCUUUUGAAGAUGAACAGAAAGAUGGUUGUUCUUGGGCUGCCUUUGGAGACCAGCAGGCUACUGAAUCCCAUCAUCGAAAAGAAGUCUGGCAGUCACAUAGGACAGACGAAAAUAUUGAUACUCUGGGGACGCCUAAGAUGCACAAUGUCUCUUUAGCAACUUCCAAAGGAACAGUUGCUAGUGGCCAUUUGCAGGAUUCAGCCACUUCAGUUCAGACAGCUUUACUCAACCGAUUGGAGAGAAUUUUCGAAGCCUGUUUUCCUUCUGUACUUGUCCCCGAUGCUGACGAGGAAGUUACUUCCCUGAAGCACUUGCUGGAAAUCAACACCUCACCCAUAAAAACAAGAGAGGCCUUAGCUGAAAAUGGUGAACUGCUGGAUGUAUGGACAGAACUGCAGGAUAUUCAUGAUGCACAUGGCUUGAGAUACCAGUGGGGUGGCUCCCAUAGCAACAAGAAGCUCUUGUGCUCUUUGGGAAUAGACACUCGAAACAUUCUGUUCACUGGCAAUAAGAAGCAGCCUGUUAUAGUGCCCAUGUAUGCAGCAGGAUUGGGAAUGUUAGAGCCCACCAAGGAACCAUUGAAGCCAUUGUCUGCUGCAGAAAAAAUUGCUUCUAUUGGUCAGACAACCAUCAUGACACCAGAAAUGAGCACAUGUACAUCUGAUCCAUUCCAGGAGUCUCUCCCACCCGUCCAGUUUGACUGGAGUAGCAGUGGCCUUACUAACCCUUUAGAUGCUAGUGGAGGUUCCACUCUUCUGAACCUUGAUUUCUUUGGGCCCGUGGAUGACAGUAGCUCUAGCAGCAGCACAAUCCCAGGUGUGGAUCCAGAGUUGUAUGAAUUAACAACUGCUAAGCUGGAGACCUCCACCUCAAGCCUCAAAGUGACAGACGCAUUUGCGAAGCUCAUGUCUACAGUGGAGAAGACAAGCACGUCAACCAGGAAACCAAAAAGAGAGGAGCACCUAAGUGAGGAAGCUGUGAAGGUGAUCGCCAGCCUCCCUGACUUAACCUUCAUGCAUGCCAAGGUGUUGAUGUUCCCAGCCACAUUGACGCCUUCCACACGCUCCCAGGAACAGGCAGACGGCUAGCUGGUUGAAUUGAACAGUUUCCAAUACUUUCCUCCAUCCCUUCCUACCAUCAAAACAUAUCUGCUGUAAUUUAAAAAUAAAUAAAUACAGUCAAGUUCAGCUGAUUUGUCGGUAAGGCACACUAGAAAGGUAUACAUAGUAAUGUAUAUUUAUUUACAUACUGAAGUCCUAAAUUUAUAUUAGAAAAAAUGUAAAUAAUUGGGGAUGAACAUUUUUGAAGAUUUAUUCUUUUGUGUUGCUGGGGUGUAUACAUUUAUGUCUUUGUGAAAUACACUGGUGGUAUCCUUCUUUAAAAAAAAAAAAAAAACUUUUGAAAUAAAAAAAAAGAAAAUUAAAAACUCAGAUCUCUACUGUCUGUGAAAUCCCCUUCAGUCUUUGCCCACUGCAUUGACCACUCUUAAUUUUCUUACUGUAUGCACUGUUACUUUUACAAUCACAAAAGCUCAAAUCCCUGUCUGAUUGUCAGUUUUGUAUGUGAUAGUUUGUGUCAGGCCUGGCUUUUGUUAACUUUUCUGGGCUCUGUUUUUAGUCUUUUCAAUCUGGCAUAUUGCUGUGUGACCUUUGCAGAGGUCAUCGCUGCUCUCUGGUUGUGGGGUGUGGAUCACUGUCAGAAUUUGAUUACAGGCUUGAACGAAAUUGUGCCUGUCUUAAUUAGUGUGAUUUGGAGAAGGACCAAAUGAUAUGUCUUAAAAUGAAAUUUGUUAGAAAUCUUUCUGUUCUAUCAUACCAUUAUUUUUUGAGGAUUUUGCACAAUGUAAAAAUGACAUAAUCAUAGAUUGCUAUGGUUUAGGCUGUAUAUACAGAAAAAAAAACUGUGGGUUUUAAAUGUUUGGGGAAAUUCCUAUGGAAAAAAGAGAGACAUGUAGAAGGGCCUCUAACAAGGUAACGUGCAUGCCCAAAGGUUUUAAGAUUUCAGUGUGUAAAUUUCCUUUUAGCUUACACAAUAAUAAAAUAAUUUAAAAGAAA